AUGGCGGCGCCCAUAGCCACAAGAACCCUGUCCCUGGCGGCGUGCGCCGCCGUCCUCGUGGCGGUGGUCGUGUCCUUGGCACCGGCGGCGGCGGCGAACGAGGAAGGGGACGCGCUGAUGGCCCUGCGCCAUGGCCUCGAGGACCCCGACGGCGUGCUCGCGAGCUGGGAGCCGAACCUGGUGAACCCGUGCACCUGGUUUCACGUCAGCUGCAACGACGACGACCGCAUCGACCGCAUGCAGCUUAGUUUUUUAUUAGGAGUGACGGAGCUUAGGUUGUCCGGUCCCCUGCCGGCGGAGCUGGGGAAACUGGAGCAGCUGCAUUACAUGGAGAUGAGCGGGAACAAUCUCCAGGGCCCGAUCCCGCCCGAGUUGGGCGACCUGAGGAACCUGAUCAGCAUGGACCUGUACAACAACGACAUCUCGGGGCACCUGCCCAGCACGCUCGGGAACCUCAAGUCCCUGCGGUUCCUGCGCAUCGACCACAACCGCCUGACGGGACCGGUCCCCAGGGAGCUGUCCGGGCUGCCCAACCUCGAGUCCGUGGAUUUCUCCAGCAACGACCUCUGCGGCACCAUCCCGACGUCCGGGCCGUUCGAGAACGUGCCCCUCAGCAGCUUCUCCAACAACCCGCGGCUGAAGCAGGGGCCCGGCGCGUACGACGCCCACUGCUAG